AUGGAACCCCGCAAAACCCCUCCAGAGUACUUUCUGGAGAUUUUCGCGGACACCACAAACGUUCGAGAUGUUCUGAAAGGCGUCCUCAACCUCAUCUUCUUCCACCGCUACUUCCCCUCCAUCCGUCCUACGACUUUUGACGUCCUCGAUUUUACCCUCCCCGCCAUCAACGACGAAGAUCUAGAAACCCUCAUCGAAUCGCGCGUCACCUCCCUCAUCCGCCAACACCUCUCUUCCGCCGCCAGCGCCCAUGAAGGCGGCGGCGGGGGCGGAGGUGUACGUGGUCGGAUCGCCGUCGAGUUCUACGAAAAGAGACGCAGAAAGUCCGGAAUGUGGUUUGGUGGUCUGGCGGGGAAGGGCGAGGAGGAAGUCUGUUGGGAGAUUUGGACUUUGGAUGUCACUAUCGCUACUCCUAGGACGGAGUCGGAACGAGCCAAAGUUCGCAAAGCAAUGGAGAAUAUGCUCCAGAAAGCCGCUCUGAAGAUUCUCGCCGUCGUUAACAGAGACAAAGACCAUAUUCCUCCCAUAACCACCAGCGAUUCCAACCCGUUCCCCUAUCGCAUCGUGCUCAAUCCGCGUACAGACAGCUGGCAGAAUCGCAUCGGGCUAUAUUGA